GCCGCGAGCACCUUGUUCCCGGAAAGGCAAACAAAGGCAAGGCAUGCGGGGAAACCCAGGCGCAAAGGCGACUCUUGCCGGGAGGCCCUUUCAGACCUUUUCUUCCCCCCGCCCCCGCCCCCGCACGCCGGUCUAUAGACCAGGAUGGCAGCGUGCUAAACCCGAGGCUGGGAUACUUUGGCUAAAUCUGUAGCCCGCACCCAGCUGCAGCCCGGCCUGGCCCAGCCCAGACUUCCCGACCUGAGGCUGGCAAAGCAGGAAGGAGCCGCCCAGGUUGCCCCAGCACCCAAAGCGGCAGGGGUGGGAAAGGAGGGAGUAGCAUGGCGUGCUACAGAGGCGAGUAUUCGGUUUCUGAAGAUAGAUUUCCUGAAUCAAGAAAGUGGCGACCAUUGAUACAUAGGAAAUGCACAGACAAAUUUUGGUUGAUAAUAUUUUUCCUCUUUUGGGCAGGUUUGGUAAGUAAGAGUUCCUGGUCUUGCCUUUGUGUUUACAGUUUGAAUGCUAGCAGUUGUAUACACGGAUCCAAAGCUUCUGAACUUUGUCCCACCCUACCAGUGCCACCAAGUGUGUCUUUUCCGGUGUUUAAUCGAUGUGUUCCACGGAACCUCAAAUGCUAUUCCAAUUUCGCACCUGUAUUAAUAGAUGUGGUAAAUGAGGAGGAUAUCUUUCAUCGUAUUCUGGGUGGGCUUAUGGCAGGAAGAGAUACAGUAAUGGGACUAUGCAUCUUUUCAUUAGUUUUGUCUGCCCUAAUGAUGUUAGCCUUCAGAUGCAUCAAUAUGCUCGUGGUCCAUAUUUUUCUUACAAUAUUUGUAUUUGGAUUAUUAUUUGUCUCAGGUGUUAUGUGGUGGCUUUAUUACAAUAAUAGCAGCGGGCCCAGCAUAGAAUUAGAAACUGAAAAAGAAAAUAUGAAAUUAUUAUAUGGACUUUCUAUUAUAUCUACAGUUAUUGCGGUGAUCCUAAUUGUCCUGAUAGUGUUAUUAAAGAAGAAGAUUCACUUAAUUCUUCAGCUCUUUCACGCUGCCAAUAAAAUAAUUGGCAAAGCCCCCUUUUUGUAUUUUCAGCCUAUUUGGACGUUUGUAAUACUUAUUUUAUUCUGGGUGUAUUGGGUGGCUGUGCUACUUAGCUUAGGAACUGCAGGCAGUGCGCAAGUCAUUUCAGGAGGACAAGUGAAAUACAAAAUUCGAUUUGGAAUCCGCUACAUGUGGUGGUAUCAUUUACUAGGGCUUAUCUGGACAAGUGAAUUUAUUCUUGCAUGUCAGCAAAUGACUGUGGCUGGAACUAUAGUUACUUGCUUCUUCAACCGAAAUAAGAUUAAACUAUCAAGUCAUCCAAUCCUGGGUUCCAUAUCAGUUCUCUUUUGUUAUCAUCUGGGAACAGUUGUGAAAGGGUCCCUUAUAAUCCCAAUAAUGAGAGUCCCAAGGAUUAUUCUAUUGUCUGUUUAUAACAUUCUGAAAAAUAAGGAGAACAUGUGUGCAAGAUGUAUUUUCAAAUGCUGCUUUUGCAGUUACUGGUGCCUAGAAAGAUUUCUUGGAUAUUUAAACCAGAAUGCAUAUGCGGCAACUAUCAUAAAUGGGACAAAUUUUUGUACUUCGGCUAAAGAUGCCAGUGUUAUUUUAUCAAAAAAUGUAACUAGCACCAUGGCAAUCAACUGCUUCAGUGAUUUUGCUGUCUUUCUUGCAAAGAUGUUCGUAGCAUGUUUCACCGUUUUUGGGGGCUUGAUGGCAUUUAACUACCACCAGGAAUUAAAAGUUUGGGCCUUGCCACUGCUGCUGGUUGCCGUUUUCGCUUAUUUCAUUGCCCAUAACUUCUUAUCAGUAUUUCAGACUACAGUGGAUGUUCUUUUCCUUUGCUUUGCUGUUGAUGUAGAAACAAAUGAUGGCUCUUCAGAUAAACCAUACCUAAUGGAUCAAGAUUUAAUGAACUUUGUCUAUCAGAACAGCAAGCUUGCAAAGACCAAAGAAAGAAAUAGAAGAAUAUUUUAUAACAAUGAAAACAGCAUUGAAUUGCAGCUUAUGAGCUGAAAUUGAGAUGGCUUUAAAACUACAUGCAGCAAAGAUAAGAUGAAGAUCAGAGAAAAACAAUUCCCGGAAUUGAUUUGUAUAUUUUGCACUGAAAGAGAUGAUUUGGUCUACUUUUACUUUG